ACCCUAGAUCCCCUUUCUCCACCCCGACCACCAUGGCCCUGCCGGCGCCAGCCUCCAUCCCCAUCCCCGACGACCUCCUGGAGGAUAUCUUCCUCCGCCUUCCCACCCUGGACACGCUCGCCUGCGCCUCUGCCACCUACACCUCCUUCUACCGCGUCAUCAAAGGUCGCGCCUUCCGCCGCCGCUUCCGCGCGGUGCACCGGCCUCCCCUCCUCGGCUUCAUGGACGUGGAUGGAUUCCACCCCGCCCAGGCGCCACACCCCUCGGCCCCGCUCGCGGGCGCCCUUGGCCCGUCCCUCGCGGAUUUCUCAUUCGUCCCGGCUGUUGUUACUUCCUCUUCCAAUGUCCAACCCGACGAGGAAGGCCCACGCUGGCGCCCCCGCGACGCCCGCGACGGCCGCGUCCUCCUUGAUUGGAUCUCCCUCAUGAACAAAAGGGAUCUCGUUGACUUCUACAAUGAUGGUCGCCUCCUCACGCGGACCAAACGGGAGCGAUGCAACGCCGCUGACUUUCACCUUGCCAUAUGUGAUCCCCUGUCCAGGAGGUAUGUGCUGCUUCCAACCAUACCUGAGGAUCUGGCUGCCCGGCCGCAUGAUUGCCUAUGGGAAUUCGAGCCCAUUCUUGCUCCCAAAACCAACAACAACAGCGAGGAGGAGCCCUUCAAGGUGAUAUGCAUAGGAAGGUGCCGGAAAAAGGUCGUCCUCUUUGUCUUCCCGUCCACAACUAUGCAAUGGUAUGUGGUCGAGUCCCCUGACCGCCUUUCUUUGGACGACAUGUCCUGUUUUGACCGUGUACAUGACUGCUUCUACUGGACACAUCUCUGGUUUUGGAGUGACCAUUUGAUGGUGCUGGACACAUGCACUUUGAAGUUUUCAACCGUCAAUUUUCUCACCGGCUACCAUCGGCAUCUCGGAGACACUGACCCGAGCUAUGAUAAUCGGCGUCCAAAUGUAGUUGUUGAGGGUAGGGAAGGAUCCAUAGAGAUGUUUUCUCUUGUCUGUCAACACGGAUCCUAUGCUCUCCACCAUACCUCUCUUCAGGAUAAUUCUCGUGAAUGGAAGUUGCAGAAGAUCGUACAACUACCUGGACAACAUCAUGCCUAUUCCAUUUCCACUGUGGGUGCAGCUGAGGGAUUCUUGUUCUUCCAAGGUGCUCUGCCUGGCAUUGAGAUUGGCAAUGUUGAUUGUUACUCAAUGGAUAUCAAAACUUAUGAAAUUGCCAAGGUCUGUAUAAAGACGGUGUAUAUGUUUGAUCGCAAACGCGCCAUCCCCUACUUUAGCUUUCCACGGCUGUUAUCAGAACCAACUAUUUGAGCAACUGAUCUGAGCUUGGUAUGUAGUUGCUCUGGUCUUGCUUGGGUCAUACAACUGGAGUUGGAUGGCGAAUGUUCAAGAUGGUGCUGAUGUAGUUUGAUAUAUCUGUAUUGAGUGUCGUAUGUAUGUAAGAAGCAUAUUCUGGCAGCAAGUCUCCCAUUGGUGUUUGGGUUGGCAGCUUGACGGCGAGGUUAUGUUAGUCCAGACAGUUUAUCGGUAGCUGAGAGUUCUAUCUUUCUUCUGGAUGAGUGGAUGAGUUGGUUAAUUUCUUCAAAUUAAGAUGCUUCUAAUGAGUUCACCUAAAUGCAUGCCUAAUUGUGGAUGAGCUACUAUG